AUACUUUGCGAUCGAAAGGCCCGCUUCCUACCGCAGGGGAUGGUGGGAUUGACAGGGAUGUUUCCAUCAUGGCGGCAUCCAUUUCAGGUUAUACUUUUAGUUCUGUGUGUUAUCACAGCGCCAACAGUAACUCCGAUCAUGAGGGUUUCCUAUUAGGAGAAGUAAGGCAAGAAGAGACGGUCAGCAUCAGCGACACACAGAUUAGCAGUGCAGAAUUGCUCCAAAUUGUAGAGAUCCAUAAUCAUGAUCCUUGUGCACAGUUGUUUAGCUUUUAUGACUACGCAGGCAAAGUCAAUGAGGAAAAUCUUAACACCAUUCUUAAAGAUAAGCGAAAAAAUGUCAUCGGUUGGUACCGGUUCCGGAGGAACACCCAGCAGCAGAUGUCAUUCAGGGAACAGAUCAUCCACAAACAGCUGACUCAGCUACUUGGUGUGCCCGACCUCAUCUUCCUUCUUUUCAGCUUCAUCUCCACAGCCAACAGCUCCACCCAUGCACUUGAAUAUGUUCUCUUCAGACCAAACCGCAAUAGGUACAAUCAGAGGAUCACCCUUACCAUCCCAAACCUGGGCAACACAAGCCAGCAGGAAUAUAAAGUCUCUUCGGUGCCCAACACCUCACUUAACUAUGCCAGAGUUAUCAAAGAGCAUGGGUCAGAAUUCUUUGACAAAGAUGGUGUCAUGAAGGAUAUCCGAACAAUAUUCCAAGUCUACAGUGCACUGCAAGAUAAAGUGCAGGCUGUGUGUGGGGAGGUGGAACAAAGUGAACGCAUGAAGGAAAAAAUUCAAGAGGAUCUCAACAAACUCAAGCAGCAAAUUGCCCUCAGGAAGCGCAAGACAGCAGAAGAGGAGAGAAGGCUUCGUGAGGCUCAAAAUUCAGACUCCCAUUCUGCUCCAGAGGAGAACACAGAACUUGCUGAAAUUUCCCUUUUGUCGAGGAUAGCGUUCCAUUCGCCUUCGGCUCCAGAGCGACCUAGUACCUCACCUAACCCACCUUUGUAUACUGAUCUUUUAUCCCAAGAUGACUCUGUACUAUCAGCCUCCUCUUCACCUCCUACCAGCGCCGCUCUAUUGCCCCGACCCCAAGCUGUGGGUUCUCCGGGUCACCCUACCCCUGGCUUAUUGGGAAUGGGGCUGGGGCUGGGCCUCGGAGCAAGCUCUAAUCUCGUUACCACUCUGAGCACCCCGUACCUUGGCAAUGGGGAUGGUUCAAGCUCUGACUCCUUAGACCGGCAAGCUGCAGGGCAGGAAGAUGAUGACGACGAAGAUGAUGAAGAUGAGGACAGUAGCGAAUAUGAGAACUUAGUCAGCGAAGCCUCUCAUUUGCAGGUGGCCUCGGCCAGCAUUUUAGCUCAAGGCCGACCGGCUGCCCUCAAUCCUGACGGAGACUCUCGUGACUCACAGACCACAUAGAAGCAUGCCGUCGGUGUGCAAUGGACGCAAAUAAGUGAUGCACCUUGAGAGGUGGACAUCUCAAGCAAUCAAAGAUAGAUGAAAUAAGUGCCAGUCCUCAAAGUGAAAGGCAUACACAGGUGGUAUUGCGCUAUAUGUUAUUAAUUCUCAUCUUAGACUGAUCUCCAUUUUAAGGGGAAAAAUUUGGAGGUUUUGCAGGUGGGACGGGUGCACCUCACUGCAAGAAACAGCCUGUGUCUGUUUUUGAAUGGGAGGUGAUCUGGAUACCCGACGGGUCUGAGGUGAAUAUUUUGCCGUAAAUGCCAGCUAGUUGGCUGGGCUGUUGCCUAUAAGACAAGGUCUACUCUUCUCUCUGUGUACCUCACUGUGUCACACGUGCACCACCAACUCACCCACUUACACCCUUUCCUAUUGCACUAUUAAGUUUGCCUUCUUUUAAACCAACCACUUUCACAAGCAAAGAAAAAAUAAUUCUGCGGCCUUCAAUCUUUUUAUGGUUGGCAGUUUUUUUUUUGUUGUUCGUUUGUUUGCUUUUUGAAAAAAAGAGAUAUAUAUGUUACAAAUUUCUUCAUCUUGUGCAGUUUUUGAUUUUUGGACUUGUCUCAUUGUCAUUUUCAUUUCAGUGUUAGCAAUCCAUACAUUGUCUUUUAAGAAUAAUUACAGCUGCCUAUUUAAAUGAUGAAAAUAGAUUCCAAACAAAAUUUAAUCUGCCACUUCUAUAAUGGGUGCUUUAUAUAUACAUAUAUAUUUUGUCAAAUUAAUGGUUAAACUAAUUUGAUUGAUAAGAAUGUCAAUGUGUAGAUCUUGGAUAACAUUGAAGUUGUAUGCGCUUUGCUGCACUUAACAUAAGAUUUCUUUUAUUAUUGCGCUGUACCAAUGCUGUCAUGUUGUGCCACUCGAGUUAUCCUCCGCACUCUGAGCUGGACCUCUGAUCAGCUUUUGUAUGUUGUAUAAGGUGCACAGGGCAAACACAAUGUACUGUAGCUUUACUAACCAGAUGCUUAAGGUCCCCUUCUGCUGCUGCAACCCAGAGAGCUACCACUGGAUUAAAAAAACAAACAAAGGAGAUUUGCAUCUGUUUGUUCUUAACCUGGCUGCACACUACUGGUUGUCUCCCUUGCUACUGAUUGAUUGCAGUCUCAUAACCAUCUUGCAGCUUGCUUCUCACUAACUUGUGCUCCAUUAAAGUCUUAACAGACGGCUGACAUGUACGUGUGAAUUGGGAAAAGAGAGCGAGAGCUCGCCUUCUUGUCUUGAUGGCAGACCUCGUGCAUUCAGACCCACCGCAUGAUGUUACAUGUAUGAACCUGGAUAAUGUGACAAAAAACUUCAUCACCUUC